CGACAUGGAUGCUGGAGCUAGCGUGGAUGAAUAUACAUAGUUUUGGGAGAAAAAAAGAAAGAAACUAAAGUGUAAUGAGUUCCGUUCUUACUAACCCGGCCAUUCUUUUCUUCUAUUUGCCUCACAUAAAUUAGUGCUUUUCAUCAAACGUGUUUUAAUGAGGAGAAAUUGCCAUUAUUAGCGAUUUACAAUCAGUUUCGGGAUUUUAUUCGUAAAGCCAAAUAACUUGCGGCCGGAAAAGCUCUGACAGGCCUGGAUAUGGAUCGCAUCUUUCAAUCUCUUGUAUAAAGAAAAGAGGAAGAAUAUCAAUCGAAUCCUAUAGUGAAAAUGAUUUCAAACGAAAAUGAAUUCAACCGUCGGACAUCACUGUCAUCCAGUCUACGUCGACUUCAAAAGCGACAUGGUACGACGUCGACAGGUGGCCUGGAGCUUAUCGAACACGAUUACUCACAACAAGAAACCGACGUCGAGUGUCGACCAAAUCCCGAUGGAAAUGCCAAGGAUAAUGCCAAUCAUUAUUUAGAAUCUGAUCAAGGAAAAACGGAGGAUAAAUCGUUCGUGGUCGAAAGAACGUUUGGAUCCUUGCACUGUACAGCGAUCCUAUUGGGGGUCCUCGUUAGCUUCGGCUCGCUCUUUUCAGUAAGGGAAAUUUUCAUCAAUUGUGGCGGUCUCAUUCCCGCCCUUUUUGUUUGGAUUUCGUCUGGAGCGAUGAUGUUUGUCGGGGCGCAGUGUUACGCGGAGCUAGCGACAUGCAUUCCCAAGUCGGGUGGAGAUUUUGUGUACCUCUACCACGCCCUUCCCACGCCCAUGCCCGCCUUCAUGCAGGUCUGGAUGGGACUGGUGAUGGGUUCUGGGGCGACGAUCUCGGCGCUUGGGAAGAUGGGCGGAGUCCAGUUUCUUAAGUUGGUGUGCAGACGAUGUGAUGGCAUCGACAGGAGUUCACCGCUUGUCAUCAUUGUCGCAGCCCUCAUAAUAUGUUUACUAAUCAUGAUGCAUUGUCGCAGUUCUCUCUUGUCAGCCUGGUUUCAGGUAUCAAUGACAUGUAUCAAGUUAGGAUCAUUCGCUUUUAUCAUCGCUCUCGGAUUCGUUCACAUAGUCACCGGACGGACAUCAAACUUGAAAGAAAACAUGUGGUAUCCCUUACCGACCAAUCAGGCAAGUCCCAUGGUAGCAUUCGCUGUCACCUCUAUGUCUUUCACGGGAUGGCAGAGUCUUACUUUUGUGACCGAAGAAGUCAAGAAACCAGAGAAGUGA